AUGGCGCGCCCCCCCGCCCCGCUUCCUGGAAGCCGCUGCGCGCGCGGGCUGCGCGGUGGGCGUCUCGCCCCGGUGACGCGCGGAGAGACCGGGAGACGGGCGGUUGGAGCUCAGGAGGAUGAACUGAGGCAAGUUCUAGAGGAGAUGAAAGCCUUAGACGAGCAAAACCUACCUGAUGUGAAUAACGCAAAGUCAAGAGGACGAGGUGAUUUGGUCCCAGCCAUCAAGUUUCGACACUGUUCUUUGCUAAGAAGUCAGCGCUGCGCCGAAGCCGGCCUGCAUGACCGGCUGCUUCGGAUUAGAGCCCUCGGGUGGGGUUAUGGCAGUGUCUUGCCAAGUGCUUUACGAUUUCACAUGUCUGCUGAAGAGGUGGACUGGUUCAAUGGUUACAAAAUGUCCCUUGCUACCAUGAGGUCAUUGGCAGGAGACCAAGGUUUGGACAUCACACAGGAUGUGAAACCUCCAAAAAGCCUAUAUAUAGAGGUGCGGUGUCUAAAAGACUAUGGAGAAUUUGAAGUUGAAGAUGGUACUUCAGUGCUAUUAAAAAAAAACCCUGAGCACUUUUUACCUCGGUGGAAGUACGAGCAGCUGAUUAGACAAGGCGUUCUGGAGCGUGUGCUGUCAUGACCCCUGGCCAGAUGGCUGCUAAGACUCCCUCCUGGUGUGAGACUGCACCAACCAAGGUCACUUCUCCACCUCCCUCUCUACCUCCC